UCUGCUUCCUGUGAGCACUGAGCAUUUGCAUCAAAUCCAGUUAAAAUGGGGAAGAUUAUCUUCUACGAGGACAAGAACUUCCAGGGACGUUCCUAUGAGUGCAGCUCAGAUUGUUCUGACCUCCACUCAUACUUCAACCGUUGCAACUCCAUAAGAGUAGAAAGUGGACCCUGGAUGAUCUAUGAACUCCCCAACUAUAGGGGAUACCAGUACUUCCUGAAGAAAGGUGAAUAUCCCGACUGCCAACACUGGAUGGGAUUCAAUGACUCCAUUCGUUCAUGUCGUGUGAUCCCACAGCAUAGAGGAGAUUACAGAUUAAAAAUGUAUGAGAGAGAAGACUUCAAGGGACAGCUAAUGGAAUUUACAGAUGACAGCUCUAAUAUUUUUGAUCAGUUCCAUUACCGUGACAUCCACUCCUGCAACGUGUUUGAUGGACACUGGAUCUUUUAUGAAGAACCCAACUACAGGGGGCGUCAGUAUUAUCUAAGACCUGGAGAGUACCGAAGGUACACUGACUGGGGUGCUGUGAACAGCAGGGUUGGCUCAAUGAGACGUGCUAUGGACUUCUAUUGAAAUUAACAUGAUGAAUCUAUAUCGCUAAAUAAAGUAUUCAAAUUCUAA